CGUUUAUUAAACACAGAAAACAAACCCCCCAAAAGUAAACAAACACUAACGUAACCGGAAAGAGCUGCUGUGCGGCAGCCCAAACAGUUCUUAAAGCGAUACUGCAAAAACAGUUCUUUAAAGUGGUAUUGCUUAAAGUUCGAUAUGCUCACAGACCAUUUAAAAGGAGAGACUUUAUAAGACGAUUCAAAUUCUCUUUCACGUCGCUUGGCUUCGAUCCCCGACGUCGAACUUUUCCCACGAAUAAUUUACGAAACGAGACGGCUUAAAGGCACUGACCUUUCCUUCCUCACUAUCUUCAAUCCUUUCUGGUUAAACCCCAGGGAUUAACGCGAAGAUAGUCAAUGAAAUCCUUCCAAAUAAGGAUCAAACAAAGGUCAAAACCCGUUUCACCGUAGAAAGCGAUUCUCCUCGAUCUUUAACUCCCGAACUUCGAUCUUCACUCUCCACUGUCUCGAACUACUAGCAGAAUCGUAAAGAACUUGCUGGCAAUGACCUUUUAAACUUCAGGCAUUACAUAAAACUUCAUACUUCAACUAAACUGCGUCAUCACUUAAAACACGCAGUGGCAUGAAGUCAACUUGGCAAAUCCAGCCACGAACUGUCCCUCCUCACAGGGUGGGGUCCAACCUGUAAAAAAAAACCUGUCACAUGAUCUCUACUGGCGGGAAAUGACGUCACUCCGCCAUCACAAGACCAUUACCUCAAGUCCAGUAAAGCGUCAAGCCCAGUCACGUGACAGGGGCACCACUGUCAUGUGUCACGAGUAUGUAACACUACGGAUCUGUGAUUAAGCAGAAGUAGGUUUUACAAGCAAGUUAUGUUCCCAUUUGACACUGUACAAAAGGAUUGGGAUAAAUCUGUACUGGAGAUAACAAAUGUUCUUGCAGCCAGGACUGCAGGAGCUGCGGGGGUCGGUUUAAACUCGGUCGUUGUGGGAUGGGAACCAGAGUGUUUGUCAGGUGAUAGGAGAGUUGAUAUAAAGGCAGAUGCAAAGUUCACAGAGACUGUGGAACGAUUGGAUGUGAACAGGGCAUCAUAUAGUCUGCUGGAAAUGUGUUUAAUUCAAUACUAUAAGUAUUAAGAAUAAAAGCAAUUUAGAACAGGAGGGAAACGGAUCCAACUUAGAAAAUUAGGACCAUCUCAGUUUAAACUGUGUGUCAGCAUUGUCGCAAUGGGCUGAAGGGUCAGUAUCUGUGCUCUGUUGCUCUGUGAUUCAAUCAAAAUGAUGCUCCAGGUAUCACAGGACGGACAUACAGACAUGGUGUGGGAGUUGAUGUUUGGUUCCUAAUUUGCAAAGUAAUCCUACUCUCUCUGUCUCGCUGUCUGCUUGUUCUGUGUAGCUCAGAGCAUCACCAGAAGGCGGCGCUGUCCUGCACCGGGAUCAGAGUGUAAACAAGAGGACGACAAUCAGCAACCUUCAGUCAGAAUCGGAAUGGCUACAGGUGGGAAAUUAAAUCGGGUACCGAAAGUACUCAAGAGGCUUUUACCAGGCAGCUCAUCGAGGGAAAAUGAUCGGGAUACGGGAAGCAAGGUUCCAAAGCAGGGUCAGAUUGAGAGCAAUGUCCCAAUGGAAUGCGGUCCGGCUGCAGAGGAGGAGAAGCAAAUUCAGCCCAGAGACAGUGACGUCAGAGACACAGAGCAGGACCCUGGAACCGGCACAAGUGAGGCGACAGCCUGUCAGCCCAGAGACAGUGACGUCAGAGACACUGAGCAGGACCCUGGAACCGGCACAAGUGAGGCGACUGCCUGUCAGCCCAGAGACAGUGACGUCAGAGACACUGAGCAGGACCCUGGAACCGGCACAAGUGAGGCGACUGCCUGUCAGCCCAGAGACAGUGACGUCAGAGACACUGAGCAGGACCCUGGAACCGGCACAAGUGAGGCGACUGCCUGUCAGCCCAGAGACAGUGACGUCAGAGACACUGAGCAGGACCCUGGAACCGGCACAAGUGAGGCGACUGCCUGUCAGCCCAGAGACAGUGACGUCAGAGACACUGAGCAGGACCCUGGAACCGGCACAAGUGAGGCAACUGCCUGUCAGCUCGGAAACUCAUUAAACACGGAAUUGUCGAGUGCCCAACAGGGAGUGGAGCCAGAGUUUACAAUCUCCGACCUCCUGGCAGAGGGGGGCGAGUAUCGACUGUACCAACUGACCAAGUUCUACAGGGACAGACUCAAAUAUGCAAUUGAAGAGAAAGUUGAACGACUCGGUUGGAUGUUGACAAAGGAUGGACAUUUCAGUCGAGAAGAAAAUGAGAAAGUUACUGAACUGACAGAGAAGGGAAACCGGACAGAGAGUUCCAGACUCUUCCUCAGUUUGGUGAAUGGCAAAGGCUCCCGGGCCCGGAGGGCGAUGUGGGAAUCCUUUGUGAUGUGGAGGACUGAGUUACCGAAGUUGGACAGGAUACUGAGGGAGAUACAGGAGCUCGGUCCUGACCCAGAGGAAUACAUGAACAUCGCACAAGGGUUGUCUGAGUUACCCACUGAACUGACAGAUGUUCAACAGAAACACAAGGAGACUCUGCGGGCACAAACUGAAACACUGAGAGUGAACACGAUCCUGAUGAGGGAGAAGGUGAAGGUUUUCCAGCUGAUUGAUCGAUACACAAAGCUCACGGUCAUUUCUACUCUUCGAGAUCGGAGACUGGUGGAACACGAGCUGCUGGCAAGAGGCAGAGACCACGAGGAUUAUAGAGAGAAACAUCUCCGUGGAGCGUUAGAAAAAAUAGAGACUGCUCAGUUAUUCCACAGCAGUUUUUCCCGGAGAAAAUCCAAAUCUGGCAGUUCUGCAGCAGUAGCCGGAGUGCCAGGAAUCGGGAAAACAACAAUGGUACAGAAGAUUGUUCAUGACUGGGCCGCGGGGAAUAUAUUCCAACAAUUCCAGUUUGUCUUCAGUUUCAAAUUCCGGGAUUUAAACUCUAUUAACUGCAGAAUAAACCUGAGGGAACUGAUUCUGGAUCAGUAUCCUUACUUUGGGAAUAUCCUGAGAGAGGUCUGGAAGAACCCAGAGGCAUUGCUGUUUAUAUUCGAUGGUUUGGAUGAAUUCAAGCACACAAUCGAUUUUGCGGACAGUCGGAGAGAUACAGAACCCAAGCACCAGUGCCCAGAUCCCGAGUGGUGGUGUGAAGUGUCGGACAUUGUGUACAGUUUAAUCCAGGGCAAGCUGCUCCCAGGGUGUUCAGUGCUGGUGACCACCCGCCCCACUGCGUUACAUUUAUUGGAAAAGGCAGAGAUCAGUGUCCGGGCUGAAAUCCUGGGAUUUGUUGGUGAGGAACGGAAGGAAUAUUUCAUCAAGCAUUUCGAAGAUCAGAUGGUGGCAGCAGCUCUUUUCAAACACGUGCAGGAGAAUGAGAUCCUGUACACCAUGAGCUACAACCCCUCCUACUGCUGGAUCCUCGCUCUGACACUGGGCCCCUUCUUCACACAAAGAGUCAGGGACCCGCAGAGAGUUCCCAAGACCAUCACCCAACUGUACUCCUACUAUAUUUACAAUAUCCUAAAAAAUCACGGCCGUGAGAUUGAGAGACCCCGUGAUGUGUUACUUCAGGUUGGUCAGAUGGCCUACAGAGGAGUGUCCGAGAAGAAGAUUGUGUUUGCAGACGGAGAUUUGAUCAAGUUCAAUCUGCAGCCUUCUCAGUUCCUGUCCGGGUUCCUGAUGGAGCUUUUGGAGAGAGAGGAUUCUGCCCACAGCGUGGUGUACACAUUCCCACACCUCACCAUCCAAGAGUUUGUAGCUGCAGUCGCACAAUUCCUGACUGUACAUCCCGAGGAUAUCCUGAAAUUCCUCAAUGAAGCCCACAAGACAAAAGAUGGGCGAUUUGAGGUAUUUCUCCGAUUUGUUGCUGGUCUCUCCAACCCAAUGACAGCUCGGGGCUUGGAGGAGUUUCUGGGUCCAUUUCCUCAUCAAACAACCUGCCGGGUGAUUGACUGGUUGAAGAACAAGGUUAAAGACCAGAGUAGAAACACUGGUGAAAUUGGGAGAAGGAGACUCCUGAACACAUUGCACUACCUGUUUGAGUCUCAGAAUCGUGGACUGGCUCAGGCCACACUGGGAUCUCUGAAAACACUUUCAUUCAGUGGAAUGACACUGACCCCGGUUGACUGCGCGGUCCUGUCUCAUGCCAUCGGACUCUGUGAUACUAUAAAAGAACUCGACCUGCAGGGCUGCCACAUUCAGUGUGAAGGAAUCCAGCGGCUGGGACCCGGGCUGAACAAGUGCCAGGAGUUGAGACUCGGGGAGAAUGACCUGGGAGAUUCAGGAGUGAAACUGGUGUUGUCGGCUCUGAGGAACCCGGAGUGUAAAAUACAGAAACUGCGGCUGAACCAAGUCGGUCUCACAGAUUCUGGGGCCGAGGAUCUCGCCUCCGCUCUCAGUACAAACUCAUCACUGACGGAGCUGGACCUGAGUGGUAAUAAACUGGGGGAUUCAGGAGUGAAACUGGUGUCUGCGGCUCUGAGGAACCCGGAGUAUAAAAUACAGAAACUGUGGCUGGGGGAUGUCGGUCUCACAGAUUCUGGGGCCGAGGAUCUCGUCUCCGCUCUCAGUACAAACCCAUCACUGACGGAGCUGAACCUGGGAUACAACUCUCUGACAGACCGAUCUGUCCCCGCUCUCCGCCGCCUCAUACUGACCCUCCCGAGUCUGGAGUGGAUCUGGUGAGUGUUUGUGUUAAUGUUCAAUGUGAUAAAAUGUCAGCGGAUCCGCGGGUUUUCUGGUGAUAUUUGUCUGUGAGUGUUGUUGAAACAUUAACCCCGGUCCCCUGUUACUGACACUGUUGUGUAAUCUGUUUAUUCCAUCUUC